AGAGUGCUCAGGAUAAUGAAAGUUUAAUCUUACAAUUUAAGAUAAUCAUUUGAGGUUUCACUUGUAUAAAGGCAGGUUAGGGCUAUCCCAACCAACAGCCAGUUUGCACAUCUGAGGAUGUAAUCUGUUUGACACGUUGAAAUGAACUUGCUGACUUAGCUCUGCUAGCCUACUGGGGCAAUGGUCAUUUGCUAGUUUCAGGUACUUGCUCAGAAUUGGGUCUGUCUGGUUUGUUUAACCGUUUGUAUAUCGUGGCAAUAGACAUGGCUUGUCCUGAAGAGGCCGAAGCACAACUUGCUGAAAUAGAGCUAUUGACAAGUAUGUUUCCUAGUGAAGAGGAGUUGGUCGUGGACCAGAUUGCGCUGGCAGAACUGAGAGCUUAUGUUGAGGGUUCAACAGAUGUUCCUCCCCACUCAAGACCAGAGUUCACGGUAAAGCUGAAAGUAGACACGCCAUCAACGAACCAGGUAAACGUAUCCAUCUCUUGCGCUUACUCAGUGGAGUAUCCCAAAGUGUUACCGGAAAUUUCUGUCAGAUGUCCCGAGCUUAGUAGGGCACAGCAGGCUGAACUUCAUACUGACCUGAACUCAUACCUUUUGGAGAACUGCUGUGGGGACGUUUGUGUUUUAUCUGCUGUAGAAUGGGUCAAAGACAAUGCACAGACAUACAUUAACAAGAGUGUUCCAGCAAGUGUCCCUAAAAAAGAGCCCACCCAGCCACAGUCAAGUGAGACCUUCACUCGGCUCUGGAUCUACAGCCAUCACAUCUACAACAAGAGCAAGAGGAAGAAUAUUCUGGAAUGGGCCAAAGAGCUCAACCUGUCUGGUUUUAGUAUGCCAGGGAAGCCCGGCAUUGUGUGUGUAGAAGGUCUUCAGACCCAGUGUGAUGAAUUCUGGGCUAGAGUAAAAGUUUUAACUUGGAAGAGAAUCAUGAUCAGGCACAGGGAAGAUGUUACGCUUGACCCCGAGGGUUAUGGGGCAGAUAGGACUGUGGACGCUUUGCGUAGGUUUACUGGCUUUGACGAGGCCAUUUUUGACCCCCAUGGUAACAGAGGAAACCACAUGGACCUUGGGCAGCUGUACCAGUUCCUUAACGACAAGGGAUGUGGAGACAUUUUUCAGAUGUACUUUGGGAUUGAGGGAAGAUAAAAGUGGUGGUUAUGUACCCCAGUAAUGUGUAUUUUUAUUUUUGCCUAUCUGAAGUACUGAACUCAAAACCAAUGCUGAAAAUGCUCA